AGUACUCGCGCUCGAUAAACGAAGAGCAGCUUCACGGGAAAUAGCCUCGUAAUCUAUGGUUCUUAAAAAAAUAAUACUCAAAAACUUUAUUUACUUAAUGUUAUCCCUUAUAAAUUUCGUUAAUUGCUUAGUAUUCUUCGUAGUAGUAUUCUGAUUAAUAAUCGGUAAAAAAAUUAUCAAAAUUUAUUUCCUGUGAGUCACUCUGAGUCACUGUUAUUAACCCAUAGAUCAAUCAGAACUUAGAGUUAUCCCCACUUCAUAUACUGUCAAAAUUUAUGUUUUAGAUUACGUCAUUUCUUCAUCAUUUUAUUUUUAUAAACAUUAGAUAAUACAUAUAUAAUGUUGAAUACACUACAAAUUUCUCGUUUAUUUCAAUUAAUUUUGAGUGGCUUUGGGAUGUUAACAACUUUUUAUAUGAUUACUGAAUUAACAUAUUUCUUAUCUGUACCCCAAAAGUUAGAACCGUACUUAAAAGAACCAGAAUUAAUGACAUCAUGGGCUUUAUUAACAAAUAUGAUGUUAUUAUCACUAUUUGUUCUUCAGCAUUCAUUAUUGUCAUCAAGUAGAGUGAAAGAAGCUUUUGAAGCCAGUGGAUUUCAAGUUCUUCAUCGCUCUGUUUAUGUUAUGUCAACUUCAGGUAUUUUGUUGUAUUUAUUACGACAUUGGAAAUCUACACCAAGUGCUAUCUUAUGGGCAUUCAAUUUAAAUUAUAAACCAUUAUGGUGGUUAUACGUUUCUAUACAUACUGUAGCAUGGAUUAUUAUAUAUGUUGGUAACAUAUGUUGUGAUGUUACAGAACUUUUAGGUAUUAAACAGGUAUAUUACAAUAUUAUGAAUUUACCUGAUCCCAAUUUAAGAAAAUCAAAACAGUGGCAGAGGCUUAAUAAUCACAUUAGGCACCCAAGCUUUUUAGCAUUCGCUUUAAUAUUUUGGAUAAGUCCUAUAAUGAGCUUUGACCGAAUACUCUUGGCUGUCAUCUUAACUACAUAUAUGUAUAUUGCAUGGAAUCCAGAUGGAAGUGAUUACGAUUAUCAGAAAUAUCAAUUUGAACGUAAACAUUUUAGAUUGGAUCAUUUUUAGAAACAACUAAGAUUUUUUGAAUCGGGUAUGGUUGCUUAAAAUGAAGCAAGACAACAUUCCACGUAAUACGAGAUGUAAUUAUAUUUCAUAAUUUAUCAGUUCGGUCUCAUUUUUACUGUAAUUCUAGGAAUAAAUCUAGUUUACUCCGACUUAAUAACCAAUCAAGUUUCAGUUAGAUCAGCAGAUUGUAAAAGUGAUGUUUUCGUCUUGUUAGGUAAAUCCAACCCUUUUCCGGUGUGUGAUUUUUGUAUUUAUUUUUAGUUUUGAGGCGUUCACAGCUACACUGAAGAGAAAAAGUUUAGUUUUGGUUAGUAAUAGCCAUAAUGCAAUAUUUUGACCUUGCAGGAUAUUUUUUUAAUGUUGUUUUGCUCCAUCUCAAACGGGCUUAAUAAAUGAACAGAAUUCCAUGACUUCCCAUGGUUAAGAACCAUUUAAGAUUUACGACUUGAAAAGAAUACAAUUUCAACUUUUGGUUUAUCGCAAAUUCUUUUGAAUUUAUGAGAAAAAAAUUGUACAAAAGAUUUGAGUAAAAUUAAACUCAAACUUAAGUGGAGACAAAGACUCUCCAAGGUCCAAUUAAUACUCUUUGCAAUUCUUGCCUUAAUUAACACCAAAACUUUUCUAGAGUUGAUGGUUGAAAUCUCUGUUUAUUUUAAUACAUUUCCUAAUCAAGUUUUUUUAACUCAAAUGUGAAACCUUCCAGCCUUGAUUUUUGACCAAUUGAAAAUAGGAAGUUAUUACUUGUUUCUUCACAUUUUUAAUAAACACAUUUUUGCUCCAUUGAUUCUGAUUUUCCACACAUUGCAAAAAGUGUCUUAAUAGUUAAAGUUGUGACUAGACCAGACUAUUACUGCCUUUGAAUAACACAAAUUUGGAAAAGUUUUUUCCUCUAUGACUCGAUCAAGAGUUCACAAUGUAAUGAAUUGCAUUGAAUGCUUAAAUUCGUAAUCUUAGUUGAUAAGCGACACUAAUUUGUAUUUUUUUUUAUAUUUACAAUGAUUUUGACUAUAUAUUAACAAAAUAUUUUCUUAUCAUGCAAUGAAAAUGUAUAUAAAUUAUUUAUAUAUAGAAACAGUAUUUGUUAUUACCUUUAUAUUAUAUUUUGGAUUGUCAAAUAAAAAAGUUUUCCAA